AUGUUUCUAUCUGUUUUUUCUUUCUUUUUUCUUGCUUGCUCCGAUUAUUAUUUUCUUUCUGUCCUAAUGUUCUUCCAAAAUGUCGCUGUUCUUUCUUUUUUGUUCUUCCUUUUGUAUCUGUUUAUAUCAUUUCUUGACGUAAGCACUUCCUUUUUAUCGUCAUUGUUCUUGUCAUUAUUCAUUUGUCUUUUAUGGAUUAUCAUUUUCUUUCUAUCAUUAUUUGCUUCAAACCAUUUAUUUUUCUGUCCUUCGUUUGUUGAGCGUUACUUUCUUUUUUUUCUUUUUUUUUUUCUUUUAUCGUUCUCAAAAUAUUAUUUUCAGCCUUUCGUUUUUCCAGUAUAUUUUUCUACCUUUUUGUCUUUCUUCAUUCCUUUUUCUUCCUUUCUGGCUUUCUCCAUCUUUUUCUUUCUUCCUUUUUGUCUUUCUACCUUUCUUUCUCCAUCUUUUUCUUUCUUCCUUUCUGUUUUUUUUCCUUUCCGUCUUUCUCCAUCUUUUUCUUUCUUCCUUUUUGUCUUUCUCCCUUUCUUUCUCCAUCUUUUUCUUUCUUUCUGUUUUUCUUCCUUUCUGUCUUUUUUCCAUCUCUUUCUUUCUUCCUUUCUGUCUUUUUUCCAUCUAUUUCUUUCUUCCUUUCUGUCUUUCUCCAUCUUUUCUUUUCUUCCUUUCUGUCUUUCUCCAUCUUUUCUUUUCUUCCUUUGUCUUUCUUCCUUUCGGUUUUUCUCUAUCGUUUCCUUUCUUUUUCCUGUCUUCUAUUCUUUCCGUCCUUCCUAUAUUUCUCCAUCUUUUUUCUUUCUAUCCUCAGUUUUACAUCAAUGUUAUCUUUCUUUCUGUGUGUGUCUUUCGCUAUCCGAUUAUUUUUCCUUUCUUCCAAGCCUUGUUGCCUUUUCAUUAUUUUAUUAUUUUCUUCUUUUUCCGAUUCUUUUGAAUAACUAUUUUAAGCUUCUACUACUUCUCAUAUUGCUAUUUCUCUAUUCCUAUAAUAAUCUUCUUUCUUUCUUUCUUUCUUUCUUUCUUUCUUUCUUCCACGAUUUAAGCUAUCUUUCUUCUACUUCUCCUUUUAAUAAUAUUCUUCCUUCCUUUCUUUAUUUUUUCUUUCCCUCUUACUUUCGUACGUUUUUGUUUUCUUCUUCUGCUUCUUAUAUUAAUCUUCUUUGUUUCUUUCAUUUUUAUUUGUUUCUUUCUCUCCUUUUAUGCUUUUUGGCUUUCUUUCUCCACUUAAUUUCUCUAUUCAUCUCUAACGUUCUUUUUUACGUCUUUCUUUCUUUAUGUUACUUGCUAUAUUAUUUUUUUCUUUCUUUCAUUCAUUGUAACAUCCUUCUUAUUCGUAUUGCUAUAUUAAUCUUCUGCCUCCUCCUCUUCCUUCCUUCCUUUCAUCCUUCCUUCGUAUUUUUUUUCUCUUAUUUUAGGUUUUGUUUUACUACUCCCUCUAUUAACUUACUUCCUUUCUGUCUUUUUCUUUAUUUAUUUCACUGUUUCUUUCUUCUGUUACAUUCUAUAUUAUUUUUUCAUUCCUUUUUAGUUCUUUUUCUUUCCUUCCUUCCUUCCUUCUUUCUUUCCUUUAAUUUUUCUAUUCCUAAAUUUUUCAUUCUUUCUUUCUUUCUUCCUUCUUCCCAUCUGUCUUCCUUUUUAGCUUUCUUUUUCUCUUUCAGGCUUUUUAGCCGUCUUUCUUCUAUUACCUUCUAUUUUUCGUUCUUUUUUACUUCUUUUUUUAUUUCUCCCUUUCUUAUUUCUUUCUUUCCUUUUUUCUAUUUCUUCUCUUCUUUUAUUAUUUCCUUCGUUCCUUUCUUUGUGGCUUCCAUCACUCCUCCCUUUCUUUCUUUCUUUCUUUUUUCUUUCUUUCUUUCUUUCUUUCUUUCUUUCUUUCUUUCAUUUUAG